AGAGGCGCAUGCCAGUUGUGCCGUCGCCGCGUUACGAGUCGGCCAACAGCCCGAAUCUGCCUCUUUCCCACUCUGUCUCUUCUCUCUUUCCCUUUUUCUCUUUCGUUCUCGCGUUCUCUCUCCGUUUCUCCGCUUCUCCAGCCGCGUCUUCCGCACCGCCCGCGUCAGUGAUAGUCGGUACUCCUCCUGUCGACGUUACUCUUUUCCGGCCGCGAGUAACAACGCGCGUCGUCUUUCUUCGCGGAAGAAAGGCUCGGACGAACGCGUCCGUCCGAAUCGUCGACGCGUCGCGCGGCGAUGGCGUAGAAGUCUAUGGUGCACGGUGCACCGUCGAGUCGAUCGUUCGUUUUCUACGAUCGAUCCCGACCGCUAAGGGCAAUGGCCCUCGGAACACGGCUGCGUUUUCCCCGCGAGUUUCUUCCAACGACGUUGUCGUGCGCGAUCGUUUCGCGGAAUCGUUUGGAACCGAGAUGGGUUUGCCUCUUCCGCGCGAGAACCCUUCGACGCCGCGACGGCGUGACGGCGUCGGAUUCCGAAUAAUGGAGUGCAACGACGACAGCUAUUCCGAAUCGUGCGACGAGUUCUCGGUUCCUGGUCGUCGACGUUCGAUAUCGAGCGACCGUCGCGAGAUAUGGGAUUAUUGCGAAGAUAUUUCCCGGUAUCGUUUCUGAUUCUCGGGAUUGGACGUAUAGUAAAAGAGAAGUGACGGAUCGCGCGAAAAGGAGUCAUACGACGAUGGGUCUUUAAAGGUCGUCGGCAAGACGAGCGAACGGAGGUGUGCCGCGAUUCCUCUUCGAUGCACCAUCGUCGUCGUCAUCGUCAUGUUCACGUGUCUUUGGAAUUUGUUCGACUGGCUCGAACAGCCGGUGACCAGCGCAACACCCGGAAUGGACAACAAAAAGGUUGUCCAGACAACGGCGGCGGUCUCCAUGCCGGUUUCGGUCCGCGGGAAGGGCGACGUGUCGAGCGGAGCAGCGGCGGUGGUCUCGUCGGGGACUUCGGUGUCGGGGGUGCGAAGACGAAGCGGGUCUCAAGGGUUGCGAUCGCCCGCUGCCAAGAGGCCGGUCUCCGCCCCCGUCGCCCUCCAGGGCUGGCUGUAUAAACAGGGUUCCGAAGGUCUGAUGCUAUGGAAGAAGCGGUGGUUCGUUCUCUCCGAGUACUGCCUCUUUUAUUACAAAGGUCCGGAAGAGGAGAAGCUGCUGGGUUCGAUACUGUUGCCAUCGUAUAGGAUCACCGUGUGCAAGCCCGAAGACAAAGUUAACAAGAAGUUCGCGUUCAAAGCGGAGCACGCGAAUAUGAGAACGUAUCACUUUGCGGCGGACAGCCGUGAAGCCAUGAACCAGUGGGUAAACGCGUUGACGUUGGCGACCCUUCUGCAAGAUCCGAGCCCCGGAGUCGGGGAAGCAGCGAUGGUGAUAGAAAUAGCUGGUCAGCACGGGCCGAACGGGGAUCGCAGCGCGCGACCCAGCGUUUCUUCGAUUUCCUCGAUUCUGAAUCAGAGUGCCGACGACAGCGACUCCGGGUUCCACGGUUUUCAAUCCCGAGACGAUCCCAGCCACGCGUCCAACAACAAUUCCAGUCCGAACAGCGUGAAUACCGCUUCGUUCCCGAAUCUCACCGGCAACGGCGGCAACAACGGGAACAAUAACAACAACAACAACGACGUGUGCGUCGCGAACAACGCGAACAACGAGAUCCCACCAAUGGUAAACGGCUGGAUUCAGCAGCAGCAACACGUUUCUCAUGGUCAACUGAAUACGUCGCAACAUCAACAGCAGCAGCAGCAAUACGGACAGUCGAUGCACUCGUCUCAGGAACAGAGCCACCACUCUCACUCGUAUCAAGCGAUGCUUCGUCAGCAUUUUUCUUACUUGAAUACCGAUCAGAGUCAGAAUUACCAGUACAAGCGCGCCAUUCAGCAACAGCAGCAACAACAGCAGCAGCAGCAGCAGCAGCAGCAGCAGCAACAACAACAACAACAUCAACAAUCGCAAUCGCAAUCGCGUUUAAUCACGGGCAACGUGCAAACCGUUCAACCUAUGCCUAGGAAGUUCGGGCAACCAAUUUACGCGAACGCCCCGCCGAAGCCCAGAAGACUCACCGACGGUUCCACCGAAUAUUCAACGCCAUCCCCGGACCCCGACUGUAGAAAGUCUCCAGUGUCUCCGGACGUCGCGUCGACCGGCAAGAGUCCGCUGUCGGAUUACGACAAGAACAGUUUGAUCUAUGGGACGAGGACCAGUCAGCCGUCGCAGCAAAGUUCGCGGAUAGACAAAUUGGGAUUGAAUUACGGGACGAACAUGGGUGCGAGUACGGGAUACGGGCAAGGGCAGAUACAGGUGCAGAUGCAGGAGAGGCGCACGCCGGAUACGUACGGCCGCAGCGCGGCGAAGCCGAGAUCGAGCAGAGGAAAUGGGGACUACGAGGAAGUCUAUGGAACGCCUCAGCUGUACCAGAGACCAGCCGGACCUGUGGGAUAUGCGAAAGGAUCGUCACCGGCGCCGAUUCCAAUUCCGAUCCCCAUUCCUGUGUACGCGCAGCAUCAUCAGCAUCAGAUUCACUCCCCCGUGUCGGUUUCCAACUCGGCUACGAUAACGAGACAGACAAGAGCGCAACCACCGCCGCGACCGCACAGCGCGGAUUUCUUGGAGUACGAGUCGUCCAGGAAACCUCAUCAACGACUGACGCCGACGACCGCGCGCUUUGAAGAAUCGCUGAAUCAGCUGCAGAGGCGUCCUCAGAGGCCCAAGUCGAGCUUGGACAUAGUCGCUACGUCGGAGGCUACGAACGAUGGAUAUUUUUAUUCCGAAGAGAGGUACGCGGCACAGAUGCGACAGUCGGCAGUGUAUCUUCAUCAAACGCCGCAACAGCAUCAGCAACGGAGGAACCAGUCGCUUUCUCGUGCGACGAUGCCGUCGAACGAAACGGAAGCGGGGACGGGAAUGGAGGCGGAUAUGGAGACGAGGACGGAGAUGGGGGCGGCGAUCCGCGACGAAAGCAGAAUAUCGACGCUGCCGGAAGCUUUGCGCACCUCUGGCUUCAGACGGGAACACGUUCAUCAGCAGCACGCGAUGCCGCAUCAAUCUUUCCAAAGGCACAUCGAGCUGAGCGGCAACGAGGGCAGCAAGCUGAGGCGAUCGUUGCGCGACCCGAGCUACGAGUCGAGCGCGAGCGUUCGGGAGGCGAUGAUGAGUCAGGUGUCGGAUACGCAUGACACGGACGGGAUCGUGGAUUCCGUGCGAAGAAUUCCACGGCGGGAAUAUGAGUGGGGUGUCAGGCCGGCCGCUCGCGUUGGCCCGACGUGUCACGCCGCCUCGAACAGACGAUGGAACGAGCAGCAACAGCAGCAGCAACAGUUCUGCAGGUCGGCGUCGGCCAGACUUCCGAGGACUAGGCAUCCGGCAGCCUUCGACCCCGACGACGAGGACUACGGCGAACCGUCUUCCGAGCAGGACUCCAGGGACGGUGAACGAAAGAUACAACAGCGAGAAGAGUCUAUGAAACGACUUCUGGAAUGGAAACAGCGGAUGCUGCAGUCGCCAUUGACUCGGAAGCCGUCCGCGUCGGCGAACAGAGGUCGCGUCAGGAACGAGCAGCUCUCAAGUUACUACAAGCAGCAGGCCCUGCUCGAGUUGGCCGCUCAGGAGGCUUGCGUCGCGGCCGCCGGAGCGGGAACCGGAGGCGUCGACCCUGCGGAGGCCCGGCACUCGCGGCGGAGGGAGGACGGCCACCGGGCGCACGGUCGCAGCAAAAGCUCCGACGCCCGGCGAAACGUAGCCAACGUGCCCCGAUACAACAGCUACUCCAGCGACGACGAAGAGAUGGGAGACGAUGUCCGGAAGAAGCGCACGCGCAGACCCUCGCAUGCCGGAAGGAGCCCCCGACACCUCGUUCGAGGAGACGAUCGUUCGCCGAUCCGAGAACGCGCGUCCGGUGAGAUACCCCCGGACGCGGGAUACGAGGAGAUCAGCUUCCCUUCGUCGAGCACCGUUCGUACCUCCGAGCGAACGAACCGUCGCGGCGCCGCCGCCACUCCGACCGGCGUUGAGACGAGAACCGACGAGAAGGGGACCGAGAGGAACCCCUACGGCGUCGACCGAUCUGGAGACGAUCCGAACGGUUCGUCGAACGCGCACGCGGCCGAUACCUGGUGGCCCGCUCGGAAGACCGUCCAGUGGGCCGUGGACGACGACGAAGGAGAGAACGAAAAGGAAAAGCGGAAGAAGAGAGAUAAGGACGAAUGGGACUCGCGCAUCGACGAGGCCAAACUCAUCAAAGAGUUUUCUUACCAUUACAUCAAGUACAAAGCGGAAUCGAGAUCCGACAACGAGGAGGACGAGCGGAACGAGUCUCCCGACGAGACGGCGGGAACGACGAAUCUGGUUCGCUGCAGGAUACGAUCGUUCGAGCCAAACGGUGGCGAGAGAGGAUCCGGCAAGGAGACUCUUGCUAUGCAGGAACCGCUGAAGGUGUCGCCCGUUCAAGCGACCGAGGCACACGUCUCGAAAUUGGAUCGUUCGAAGAACAGCGGCGGCAAAUCGUCGGUGAUUCGCAGCUUCGCCCUCGGGGAAACGAACCGACGCGAGGGAACCGUCGGAGACGGCCAUGCGAAACAAGCCUCGACGGACAGCAACAAAUCCGUGAAGGACCUGCUGGCCGAUUUUGAGAGAAAGUCUCGGCGAGUCGAGGAACGAUCUCAACACGAGUUCGACGGCAGACGGCGAGAGACGAGGCAUCGUGCGGCGUUCAGCGAUUCGGAAGCUUUGUUUUAUGAAGCGGGAAGCGACUUGGAUCGACAUCGGGAUAUCGAGGGACGAGAGAAGAACGAAGAGAACAGACGGGACGAGGAUUCGAGAACGAACGAGGUCGACGAGACCGAAGCUGAGAGGGACGUUUCUUUCGAGGAGGAAUCUUCCUCGCCUAAAAAUCGACCGGAAAACGUUCCCACGGAAGAUUUGGACGUCGCGGCGGGAAAUCGCGUUCGCGACGGAUCCAGUCCAACGGAAUCUCUGCUGACCCACGGCGAUCGGCUCUCCGAAGAAAGCGGAAACGCGAGUCCGACGACGUCGAAGAAGCAAGAGGAGGAGGAUGAAGAGGACGUGAAUCCCGAGGAACACUACUUACCUAUGUCUCCGAGGAAGGCUAUCUUGGAUCCGAACGACGACGACGACCGACCGAAUCCGAAUAUGAUGGAGAGUCUAUUCGCGAACCUGGAACGCGAGGAGAGUUCAUAUGUGGAGAUGACCCGGAACGGCAUAACACGAUCCUUGCUGGCCGAAGACGCCGGCGACCUGCGCGACUCCGGGGAUUAUUCGACGUUGGACGCGCCGCACUACGAAUUCGUUUGCGUCUCGGACAGCAAAGUCGAACCGGUCUACAUGGAAGUGAGUCAAUUAUCCGACCCGGAGAAGGAGAACGGUAGCAGGGACCGGGAGGAGGAUCGCGAUCGAAAAAUCGCCUCGAACCAUAACAAAAGAUCCAGCGAAGACCGUUCUACGCACUCCGCGCAUUCCAGGAGUACCGAUCUUCCUGAUAUUAUCACCGCUCUGAAAUCUGACGACAGCUCCGACGCGGACGACGAAUCCUCGAAGGAUCUGGACUCGAUCGACGCUCCUCGUCAUCCGAGGUUCAGCUUGUCGGACACUUUCAGGCCGGCGUCUUAUUACUUGGGCGCGAGUCGAGCGAUAAUCGCGGAGCUGCACGACUCGUCGGACAGCGAACUGGUGUCUCCACCACCGAUUCCGACGUCUCCGCCGCCGUUAGACGAUCUCGACUCGCUGGGACUGCGAGAGUCGUUGGAGGCAAAGAAGACAGCGUCCAGUGCGAAACCCGUCGCGAUGGGCCAAGUCGAGACCCAAAGACCUCCGUCGAGGUUCUCGGACGCCACGACUGGUUCCACUUUCCGGGACAGUCGAAUCUCGUUGGAGAGCGCGUCAGGCAGCGACUCGGUCGCGGCAGAGUUCAGGACGCUGGAGGAGGAGACGAGGCACAGACAGUUGAAAACGAGACCAGUCAGCGAGCUCUGCGAGGAGACUGUGCUCGACGGCUUGGACGAGUUGGAAUCUCUCAGCGGUAGUCGAUUCGAUGGAGUCAGCAUCGAUCUCGAUCGGUACUUGGAGGAACUUCGAGCUCGCGACGCUUUCAAUGUCGAUCUGUACGCGAAGGAGCAUCUGGGCUACGGCGGCAGCGUUUACGGAUUCAACGAGAACACCGCAUGCGUGGACAAACUUCGGAAGACGGCCUGUCGCGAUUUGUCCGUGCGACCGAAUCCGGCGAUCGACGCCGAUGGAUACGACGCGUCGAACAAGAUGGGAUCCGCGAGCAGUUUGCCGUCGAUGAGAGUCUGUGACGUUUCUCCGUCUGUCCAUCAUCAACAUUCCCAAUCGUUCACCGGGGACUCUCACUACGAGAACGUCUCGAGCUUCUCUCCGUUGCAGGCCGUCGCUCACUCGAAUCCUUCGUGCGAUCAGGAUCGCCAUCCUAUCGCGCUCGUCUCCCACACCAGAGACUCCAGUUACCCUUUCCGCGAUUCCAGCAUUCGAGCCUCGACUUUCGUCUCAUCUGUCGGUCGGAGACCGGCCAGCGCUCAAUCCUCGACAAACUCCUCCGCGUACUCCUUGGGGAAUCGUCUGGGAAACAACUCCGACAGUGGCGAGCCGCGAACCGCUAGUCCAUAUUCCGCGAGCGGUUUUCGGGUCGCGGUCCAUUCAAGAUCGGCUAGUCAGGAUUCGGCUGGAUAUUCGAAAUCGCCGUCCAGCCGGGACGAUUCGAGUCGUCGAUAUUCGAGCUCGACGACCACCGCGGGUCGCUCCUAUCUACCGGAAGAACCUCGAACUCGCGGCGAAUCGGCCACCGCGCCUUACUACUAUUCGGACCUUCGACCGAACCCUAGCGCGUCGAAUGCCCCUGGAACCGAGCCCGGUAAGCCGAUCGUCGGGCACACCUCCAGAUUGCCGCAGCUGAACAACCAAAGGGACGACGCUUCCGCGUUGAACAAGCGAAACGACAUAGGACGCAUCGUCAAUCCGAUCUCCAGGCAGAUACCCAGGCAGAUACGAGUCGACGACAUAGACGAGGCCAGGCGAAUCGCCGCGGAGUUAAGAAGAACGAGCUGCCAGUUGCUGGCCGACGACAAGGCGGACCUCGUCGACAAGAGGAACUUUUACGAGGCCGACACUCUCAGAAGAGUGAAAUCGACCGAUCCUCUGCCAGACGGGAUUUCGACGGACAUCAGCGCCUGGAGGAAUCUGUAUCCCCACGGUCUUCGAGACAAAUCGAACGCGAAUCGCGACAAUUGCAGGCGACCGGCCGGAUCGCCACGCGAGACUCAGACCUCGUCGUCGCAUCGAAGGUCCAGGUCGUUGGAAGGUCUUCUCGACGACGUCGGCCUUCAGAAUCUGGUUGAACUGAGGAACAGAAACGAUCGUGCGACAGCCACGGCGACGGUCGAGUCGACGACGUCGAGACUAGAUGAACGAGAGACCACGACGUCAACGCGGAACGCGAGCACUGAACUCGACGUCGUCGGUGCGAACGCUUCGACGUUCGCCAAUGUCCAGGAUCCUUGGGAGCAAGAUUCUCUGUGGAGGGAGAGUCUGAGAAGAGUGAGUCUGAGGAACGCCAGAUCUUUGGACAACCUCGACGAUAAUCCGAGGACGACGAACGCGUCCGGUUUCGACGCGAAGGGCCGAAACAAGAUCACCCGCGGCGCCACUUACGUGAACGACAGCGUGAUCUCGCGAAGGGACGAGAGAGCGAGGAAGAGCGCGAAACGCGAAACGAGCGAGGAGGACCAGAGAGAGGAAGAGGAAGGGGCUUACGAAAGCUCGGCGACGGAACGCGUUUACGACGGGGAUGCAUACGCGUGGAACUCUCGAGACGAGAUUCGCGGGAACGAAGCCACUGAAGAGGAUAAGGAUCAUUUUUUAGAGAAAGGCAACCUUCCCCCGAUCGGUUCGGAGAUGGAACAACGUCAACAGCAGCAGCAGCAGCAGCGAGCGUUGUUCGAGUUCGACCGAGAGAAGCUCAGGCAAUGGGACCUACUGUCGAGCGCCUGCUUGCUCCAGGAACAGCAGCGGGGCUCGAUGGCGGACUCGGGGCGAGGGUUGCCAAUUGCGGAACAACAGCUCACAGACGUUCCCUGUACGCGGACGACGAACGCGAGCACCGCUGCUGCUGUCGAUCGUAUGAAUCUGGACGGACGGGUCGGCGGCGUCGCGUCGAAGGCGGUCGACGCACCGAUCUCGCGGACCACCUCGACGAACGGCAACGACGGUCAACGAGAACCGAACGAGACCAACGAGGCUCGUGACAGAGUGACUCCAGCGUCUGGGUCGGGAUCGGUGAUAGGCAGGGACCCGCUUCCGCCGAGGGCCGUCAGUACCUCGCAGCUGGUCCAGAGACGAUCACCGCAAAUCCAGCCACCGGCCAUGGCCACGGUGUCUACUCUCCCUUUGACGAGGAACAACGCGGCGCAUAGACAGUCGCCGUUACCACUGCAUCAAUCCACCCCCAGAUCGAUCAGGCAAUCGGAAAACGAUUUUACCGAUUCGCACUUGUUGCGGGUCGCCAGUAGCGGCGACGUCGUCGGUACAGGAUCAUCCCCCGUAAUGAACAACUUUGACGGGAAGGACCCUAGGCUGACGUCGUCGAUCGGACGUUCGACCGUCCAACGACUGACGAGUCCGGCUGGUCAAUUACGGCACGUUCCAUACAAUGAUCGACGAGUCUCCAGCUCUUGCGACAGCGACGUACGAAUUCACAGCCCGAUCGAGAGGCAAAUGGCGAGUCCGCUCGGGAGGGAAGCGGACCGAAGCAGCGGUAGCGGCAGCGGCAGCGGUCGCGGUAGUGUUACCAGACAAAAUCAGUACGCGUGGGAGUGCAACGAGUUGCUGCAGAAGCGGAGCAACGCGGGCUGCCAACGAAUAGAGAGCAGCGGGCAUCCCGGGACCCAGGCGGGCGUGGUUCGCUUUUCCGCCGGCGAACUCCUCGGUAGGACUCACGAGGAGCUGGUGCUACUGCUGAUACAAUUGCGACGUCAGAACGCGAUUAUCUACAAAGCGAUGGAGACCUGCCAGGUGGAGAUCGAGGCACAGGCUAGAUUGGCGGAACUCGAUACACCGCGGCGGCUGGAGAACCUUCGGAAACUGGACGAAUUGAAAAAGCACCUUAUGGAUCUGGAGAAGCAGUACGAGAAGGGCAAGCCGCUGGUGAACCUCGUUGACAAUAUGGUGAAGCUGGGAUCCUUGUACAAUCCUAACACCGUGAACGGGAUCGGUAGCGUCACGGGCGCAGGUUCGCGCCACGACUUGACGCACGACGGCGCGAGAGAUCAUCGGUUGGAGUUCAAUCAGAAGAUUCAAGAGCAGCGUUUACUCGCGGAGGAACGCAGGGACUGGGAUCGACUGAGCCCCGAUCACGGACAGUUACAGGCCAAGGUGCAGCAGCUCUACAAGCUGGAUCGGUUGCUCCAGGAGGAAUCCGGGACGCUUCACAGUCUUCAACAAGACAAGGAGAUGUUGGAGAAAGCUUUGGGUGGUCUCCGGCACAAACUGCAGGGCAACAGGAGUAAUUUGGCGGAAACCGAGAGAUACAGGAAGCAGCAACUUCUCCUAGAAAGAGAGCUCAGCAGAGUGAGAGCGCUGCUGGCUCACAAUUCCAAGAAACUCGAGGAAACGGUCGCCGAGAACGCGAGGUUGGAGCAGGAGCUGGUGGUGUUACGACAGAAGCUGCAGGCGUCGAGGAGGUACGCCGGCAAUGUGACCAGGGACACUUCGGCCACGACCGGUCCUCUCGAAGCGGAGCUGAGAAGAGUUCAACAAUUGGUGGGCGACUUGCAGAGGCAGCGAAAAGAGUUGAGCGUUCAAGUUAGGCAGCUUACCGAGAAGUCACAUAGUCUUGUGCAACAAAUACGACCGCAACCUCCUUCCGGAUCCGUCAACGUGAGUACCCCUCAAGUUCAUCAGUCGAAGAAGCGAACGCAGAACUCGUGGUUGGAGACCGAUCUGGACUCCGGGAUAACUUUGGACCAUGGAUUAGAUUCGCCGUCGAGUCCGUCACUUUCUUCUUCGCCCUGUGGCAAACAGAACGGUGGACCUUAUCUCUCUCAUUACGGUUCGACGACGCAGAUCAAAGAUCCGUCGCCGACGACGCGUCAACAAUUGUACCAGCAUCCUCAUCGGUCGCAUCACAUGUCUUCGCUCGCGCCUCAAUUGCGAGAACAGAUUCAUCAGCAUCAGCUGAAGCAACAGCUUCUCAAGGACCAAAUGCAAGGAAAGGGAUCUAUGAUGCAGGCGAACGUUGCUCCCUUGUACGUCAACACGGAUUCUAGAAUUCAAGAGAACGGUAACCAAGAGGAACGUUUGACUAAUGGUACGAUUUCUCCACCGGAAUAUAUUCCCCCGCCACCCCCGCCGCCGCUACCCUUGAACGACGAUUCCUCGUUGAACGAUAAUUACAGACAGAACGAGGACAACAAAUUUGCCGGCUCGUCGAUGCACAACCGUGAGAAGCAGGAGAUCAAGACUGUGCGAAUCGUGAAACGAGAAUCGGAAAGGCGGCAACGCGAUCGAGGCGACAGAACUGGGAACAUAGGGAUUCCGUUGACGAACGGGCUCCAGGCACCUGGCGGUGCGAAGAGGCUCUGCGAAGACGACCUAGGAGGCUCUCAAAAGUUCGAGAAGGGCCAGUUAGGAAAGGUGAUAGAAGAGCCACCGAUGAUUCACGCGCAGAGCACAGUUCAGCUAACGGAGUUGGACGACGUGCAGUUCCAAAGAAGCAUGUCCUUGCCGAGAGGAUUCGGCGGACAGCGGCAUCAGCAUCAUCGGCAACCCGAAAUUCAUCAGGUUCCGGUGGUGCCUCCGCCUAGAAGCGACAGUAUGCACGCUUUGAGAACUAUGCUGGCGCGACGGAACAAACUCAGGUUCGACUACCAGGACGGAAGCUCGGACAGUACUCUGUCACCGUACACGGAGAGCCUCGGUUCGAGCUCACACGUCGCUAUCGGAUCGCCGAAUUACUCCACCAGCAGCCCGUCGUACAGCCCAAGCCAGCAGAGUUACCCGCCCGUUCGGGCGAAUCAGUCGCCUCGAUACUACCCGCCGCCGCCGGCGCCGGCGUUCAGACAAUACGAGGCCCAUCGACCAAGAGUCCAAGAGCCGACGAGCCCGGAAUCGUUCUCGCCGGUGGGCAUGGACGGCCAGGCCAGGACGUUAGAUUCGACGCUGAACGUAAACGCAGCGUCCAAUUCGCCUCAGUUGUCACCGGUGUUCAAAAGCGAGGCCGCAAAACAGAUAAUCAAGGAGAUGACGGAAAGAAAGGUUGACGGGCCGAGGCGGAGGCAGAUACCGCGAGAGAAAAGGCGACACUAUACCGUAUCCAGUAGCAAACCCAUCCUCGAUCUAGAGGACACCUUCGCCAAGAUGGGAAUGGGCAGAGCCAGAGACGAUCUGGACAUGGAGCGCGCGCUCAGGCCUAGAAUCAACGCGCCAGAUGUGGUCAGGUCGACUUUAAGUCACAAGGAAUUGAAAUACAACGAGAGCACCAUAGAUCAGCUGCUGGGGACACCGAACAAGAUCGUCAUUCCGGAAAGAUACAUACCCGAACAGACACCGGAGCUGACCGCGGAGGAGCAGGAGCAGCGGCUGAAGAAAGCCGAAGCGAUAAGGAAGAUGCUGUCGGAAACAACCGUGACCGCGUCGGAUGGAAACGACGACAAUAUCGUCGAGCAGUCCGAUAACUUGAAGAAGAAAGUGGUGGAGGAGAAGAGGCAGAGGAAUCACAUUUUGCAGUUGAAUCAGAUUCUGGCGAAACAAGUUAUGGAAAAGAGCAAGAUGGUGGCGGUGAACGCGCUGGCGACUCUGCCGUUGAAGACCGAAUCGAGCUUAGAAGACGACGACCUCUCCCCGGUAACGCCGUUACCGCUCUACCAGCAGAGAGAGAAUUAUUACUCGUAAGAAGAAGCAGCCGAUUUCAUCGAAUCUGCUCACCAAAAAUCGUGUUACCGCAAGAACAAAUAUUAACUCUACUGCCAACUGGAUCAACAAGCGAGUAGAUAAAAACACAACGUCUUCUCAUCGUGUUCUAACUGUAAUCUUGUUUCUUCUCCUUUUUUGUUUUUCACCGUCGUACUAAGAAUAAGAAGGGCGACAGUUUUUCCUUUCACAUUUUUUACACGUCAUUCGCGUACAUGAUCGUUGAUCAAGGAAACACACGUAAGCUAGAAGAAUUAUCUUUCGGGGGCAUUCGGAGCGAUCGGUUCCGCGUAUCUCGACUCCUGUACAUGUACACUUAACGCAUAUGUAAAUGUAUACUUGCGAUGCGCGUAAACGCAGGUACUACGUUACGAGCGAUGAUGUAAAUAUUGGAUGCGAUGGAAUACAAUUGAACGAACGGUAUCUGUAAAGAAGAGAACGAUAAACGUGUAUCUGUAAACGAUUAUGUUAAUUAUAUUUUUUUAUUACGCGCACCUUUGAUUAACUUUAGUUUACCGUUAGUAAUAAGAAACGUUUAGUUGAAUACACGUAAUUUGUAUUUACUAUCGUUACUACGCGGAGAGCUUCGAAACGUAAAAUUCGUCUGAUUCGUCGUUGGGAUGGAACAAUUUCGUAUUCGUAUCGAUCGAAAGAUAUUCGUCUACCCCUUGGAUCGAUCAUAUUUCGUAAUGCAUUUGUAUUGCAAAAAAAAGAAAAUUGUAUUCGUACGUUUUUAACGAUAUACACGUUCUUUAUGUAUUAUGUAUAAUAGUAUACACACAAAAUUUUGUCGAGGCGCGCAAAAUUCAAGACUAAUUACGAGGCCUAUACCUACGCGUUUUUCGUACGUAAACUAUCGAUAGCGAUAAUCCUAGGUCCUAGGCUCUAAGUCCUAGAUCCUGGAUCGUAGAUCCUCGGUCCCCGGUCGACGCUUACCACGAAAUCGAUCGACGACGAUAAUAAUAAAUUUGAUAAGUAGCGAUCGCACAGCGGUCACCGCCGUUGUAGUCGUUCAACUAAAAGAUAUCGGAAAAUAGAACAAUACAACAUAGAAUAACGACUCGGCGAUGAACGAUAGACGAGAAACAAUGUACUACCAGGGAAUCGAAUGCAACACAGUCGUAAUUAAAGGUGUGCGAGUACCCGACGCAUCGAGUAGCACGAUCCUCGUACGGCGUUGCUACAUCGAGUGAUUUACAGGAUUUUAAGGGGAGUAGUGAAGAGUUACUAUUUGUGGUGGCAUUGUGAGAAAUAUGAGCGAGAUACAAGAGGGGAAUAGUAGUAGAGUAACAAAAUAAUGAGAGAAGAGGAGAAAUUCUCAGGAAUUUUUCAUGACAACGUUGUAAUACGUCGGAGCCGGUGAUAGUGGAACGAGCUCGGACGAGUACUCGGUACGUCUAAAUCUUAUAGGAUAGCUCGGUGUAGUUACCCAAAGAUUUGAAUGUACCGAGUUCUCGCUCGAGCUCGCCUGAUUCUUGCCUACGCGACCCGAUACGUCGGGUACUCCCACACCUCUAGUCGUAAUCCUCUAAAUUAUUCGGAUGCUCAACCUCGUUUACUAGAAGACAGCCACCGCGUUGUUGCGUGGCCAAUUUCGAUACCUACUAUGAUGAUACCUACUAAUUGUAAGAAACGGAGUAAAAGAGUAUAAAUAGUUACUACGAUUGUAUAGCACGAUGAAAUAAUGAAAACAGUCACUACAAGUAACCGCGUAUAAUUAGACCUUCGUAAUAUAGGUAACCAUAAGUGAACACGGUGAAAUGUGCUCGGUCAUACGAUACAUAGAUUCGUAAGCAAAGCUCGCUGUCCACAAUAUCUAGAUAUCUAAUCCGCUCGUUCGUUUCUUAAUAUAUGAACUAACUGGAUUCAUCCGACUGCUAUAGAAUAUUCGAAUCGUAAACUAAGAAACGCGUAACGUACACCUAUUUAGUAAUUACGCUUGGAAACGUCCCUUAACACACCGUAAAAUAACGUACGUUCCGUAUCACGGGAUCUUCGCGAUUUUCCGAGGUCCAUUCCCGUACCGCUUACACUUUAUACUUAUACACACGCGAGAAACUAUCUUCUAGGAUUUAAUAUAUACAUACGUUACGCGUAAGACACGCGUCCCUUCAACGAGAACAAUCGAGUAUCGACGUACUCUUCGUAUCGACGAAAUCAUUCCUCGAUCCUUCCGGGCUAAAUCAUGUAACUACCCCCGGUACCUCGUAAAUCUAUACGCGCUGGUUCAACGGUUUAAUUUCUACUUCGAUUCUAAAGGAUUUCCAAGCCUCCUCACGAACAUCAUAACCGCGGAAAACGACCCGGUAUCAUUUUUAUGUACAUACGCGUAUAUUCCUAGCGUGGCAUUUUCAAGGAUCGAGGAACGCGCGUAUUUCCAAAUUUAAUACCCACGUACGGAUCUGUUAAAAGCCUAGACGUUAUAAGUUAGAACGACGGAUAACGUUCCAUCGGAGAGUGCCAAAUCACGCGAUCACGUGCGCAUACGUGUGUGUAGAGGAAAAAAGCGGACCGAUCGUGGAACGCGACGUCUGCUCGUCAAUUAAAAUAAUAAUAAUAAUAAUAAUAAUAAUAAUAAUAAUAAUAAUAAUAAUAAUAAUAAUAACGACGUAACGAUUAGCAAUAAAGACGACGAGAUGAGCGAUGCGAGCGAUUGUUAUACGUUAAACGUAGGGGUCUCUCGUCGUCGACGACUGUUCGCUAGGCGAACGAGAAGGGCAUCUCGCUAAUCACGACGCGCACGUACGUAUACUCGUAAGAAGUUGUUUCUAUCGCGUAAAUAUAAAACUCCUCGGUCGACGAGUGCCGGCCGGGAGUAAUUUUUUUACGAUACACGCGUAGGACGCACACGUUAUCGCGACACCGGACCGAACGAACAGAUUCGCAAAGAGCUUGUCGUUAGCCGGCGAAGGACGGACUCGAUCGUCUUGCCUUUUUAAGAGUUUUUCUCUCGUAGACCGAGAGAGUAUACAGCUUUGUUUCCGUUCGGAGAGGCAAUCGCACGACCGGCACCCGCGAGGACCGACGACGUCUCCGUUGGUCCGUGACACGCGUAACGUUCGAGCGUGACUGCGAUCGCGUACCUACCCGAGCGCAAGUUGGGUCGUUAAGUUUACGAUACAUAUAUGUAUAACGUCACGAGGAACUAGUGUAAAAAAUAAACCUAUCUACUGUGAAAUGCAGGAACUGUUAUUGUUACACGAAUGAAAUAAAAUGUAUAUAACGUCG